GAGGACCUGGAAUGGUUAACCUGCGACACCUCCAGCAGCCAAUCACAGGGCCCCGCAGGAAAUGCCUGGAGAGCCUCGCCGGGGCGGGCGGGUCCCAGCCCAGCCCAGAGUCUGGCGCCAGGCAGCCCACGGGGCCCGCAGCCACCCAGGCGACCAUGGCCUCCCUGGAACUCAGAGCACCCGGGGGCCGCAGCUUGGCUGGCCUGGCCGGGCCCAAGCCGGGGCUGCUGCUGGCCUUGCUGGCUGUGCUGGCGUUGGCCGGGGCGGCGGCCCCACCUGCCCGUCUGCUGGCCCUGCUGUCCUCAGGCCGGGGCGCUCUGCAUCGCAAGGCGCUGGACAGCCUGUUAAAUACGCUAGCGGUCCGUGUGCGUUGCGCCGACGGGCCGUGUGGAAAGGUAACGGCCCCACCCGACGGGUCCCCGGCCCCGGCCCGCGCUCCACCCCGAGGGCCGGCGGCAAAGGGCUCGGGCAAACUCCAGGAGGCGGGCCGAGUGCAGUGGCCUGGCGCUCGGGCGCUGCCUGCAGGCCCGAGCCCACCCUCCCCGACUCCGCAUUCAGACCCACCUGCCCUCCCUGUUGGUGGGACGGUGGCGUGUAGGGACCCGCGGCUCCGGGACCCCAGGGCUGCCCCACCCCCACCCCAUCAGCCCCCAGGCCAGCAAAGUGGCAGUGGGUCCAGGAAGAAACCACCCUGAGGUGGCGGGACCCCUGUG